AUGUCGAAAUUCGAGUCCUUCCCCCGUCCAACCCGGACCUACCACUUCCAAAUCUACGACCGCAUCUUCAACCACCAUGGCUUUAACGGCGCCGGCAAGACCAUCCUCGUCACUGGCGACUCUUCAGGCGUCGGCCACAGCAUCUGCAAAGCCUUCGCGCAAGCCGUCGCGCGCAUCGCAAUCAUCUCCCGUUCCCGAGGGCCCCAGGCGCAAGCCAAAGCAGAGCUCGAAGCAGCAUACCCCUCCACCCAAAUCCUAACCUACCAAGCCUCAAUCACAGACAGCACGCGCAUGACAGAUAUCCUGCAGGAGCUGGCCAUGAUCGAUGUGCCAGUGCUCUGCGCGGCGGUCGAAAUGCAGGAGGCAUUCGGCGUGAACGUCAUCGCGGCAUUCAAUCUCACCAACGCAUACCUGGCGACCCCGUUACCAGCGGCGGGGAUGAAGAUGAUCAUCAAUGUUUCGUCCGCGGCGGCGCAGACGAGGAGUCCGUUUCGAGUUGGGUAUGGGCCGAGAAAGGCAGCUGUCACGCAGGUGAUGCAGCAUUUUGCUUGGGAGAGAGACAGUGAAGCGAUACGGGUGUUCUCGUUCCAUCCCGGUAUGUUCUAUACCCCGUCUGUGGCGGAACAUUAUGCGGAGGAUGCGCGUGUGUGGGAGGAUAUCAAUUUCCCCGCGCACUUUGCGGUGUGGUUAGCGGGCCCAGAGAGUGGUUUUUUUGAAUAG